CGCUACACUCGCGAAGUCGCCUCCUGUUCCGGUCGCCACCCACGUGUUCCCGGUUCCCGGUCCUUGCGGGGCUGCAGCACGGCGGCAUCGGAAACUGCGCGCAGAGAACGUCGAUCGCUAUCAACCCCUGCCGGUGUCGUCAAGGCCACCGAAACAUGGGCGACCAAAAGCACCGAUUUCUCAUACUCGGAGGCACUGGCUUUGUAGGACGACACCUCGUCGAUCAUUUACUCAAGAGCGAUGUUGCCUCAAAGAUCAGAGUUGUCGACAAGGUUCCUCCACAAAUGGCUUGGCUGAACACUGCUCAUAAGGCAUUAUAUGAAAAUCCAACUGUGGAAUUCAAGAGUGCGAAUCUCAUCAACCCAGCCUCGUGCAAAGCAGCAUUCGAAGACCCAGAAGGGCCAUACGACUUUGUGAUCAACUUAGCAGCGGAGACAAAAAUCAACUUGCCGGAAUGUGUAUAUGAAGAAGGAAUUUUAAAACUAAGUAGGAACUGUGCUAAAGAGGCGCUUGCUCACCAUCCCAAACGGUACAUCGAAAUUUCUUCCGGUCACAUGUAUGCCGAGGGAAAGAAACCAGCUCAAGAAAAUUCCUCGUUGGACCCAUGGACCAUUACAGCUCAGCUAAAGCGAGCAGUGGAGGAAGAUCUGAAAGAAAUGAAAGAUCUCGAUUAUGUAAUAUUGCGACCUGCCAUUGUCUAUGGUGUUGCUGACAAGCAUGGCAUCGUUCCGCGCAUUCUAGUAGGUGCUGUCUACAAGCACCUGAAGGAAACUAUGAAGCUGUUGUGGACGAAGGAUCUCAAGAUGGACACUGUGCAUGUGUCAGAUUUGUGCCGUGCCAUCUGGCAUGUGUGUCUUCACGGGAAGUCGGGAGACAUCUACAACGUCGUCGACCAAGGGAACACAACUCAAGGAAAAGUGACUGAAAUCAUCUCUGAAAGGUUUUCGAUAAAUCACAGCUACUGGGGCACGGCUGCCUCACUGCUGGCAAAGGCCGACAUGCAACAUGCAGUGGAACAGGUAAACGAGAAGCACCUGGCUCCCUGGGCAGAAGCGUGCGUCAAAGACAACAUCAGCAACACGCCACUGUCUCCAUACCUCUGUCAGGAGCUUCUAUCAGACCGGAGCCUGUGCUUGGACGGGAGCAAGCUUGUUGGCACCGGUUUCACAUACCUCGUUCCUGAGGUGACGAAGGAACGCAUUGACGAAAUAGUCGAGGACUACGUUGAGAUGAACUUGUUUCCAAGGUCACUGCUUCUGUGAUGCAAAGGUGAUGAGCAAAGCGAAGUGGGCAGAAGUGCUAGUCAACUUCUGGUCAUCUACAGAUAACUAUAAGCGUGCCUUGCAAGUAUUUCUACACGUCAGUGACAGCGUCCAUCGCCCCGAGUGGAACAUGCAAGCCAGUUUUCUUGCCUGUGUUUUGUUAGACCAUUUACAGCUUGUAAGACGGAGGAGUCUCACACUCUCUCUGUGCAGUAUGUGUAGUAUUCCACAUUCCAUGAGCGAGUUAUUGCUUGCAUUGUUGAAGCCUGCAAAAAUGCCUUUGAUGCUCUCUGAAGCUUUUGCUUGCAGCCUAGCCAACUGUAUUGUUUUGUGAUACGAUGGUUCAAUAAACGUUUUUAAGCUGUUGUGCCAAA